CCCCCGCGGGAUGCGGGCUCGGCCCGCCCCGCCAGCCCUGCCCCCAGUGACGGCCGCAGCAUGAGCGCGGCGAGCGAUACGUACUUCCUCAUAAAAGACAUAAAACCUGGACUGAAAAACUUAAAUGUCAUCUUUAUUGUGCUGGAGAUCGGGCGAGUCACCAAGACGAAGGACGGGCAUGAAGUGAGGUCUUGCAAAGUGGCGGACAAGACGGGCAGCAUCACCCUCUCCGUGUGGGACGAGAUCGGCGGCCUCAUCCAGCCGGGAGACAUCAUCCGCCUGACCAAAGGGUACGCAUCUCUGUGGAAAGGAUGCCUGACACUUUACACAGGACGAGUAGGCGAGCUGCAUAAAAUUGGGGAGUUCUGCAUGGUGUACUCAGAAGUGCCAAACUUCAGUGAGCCUAACUCGGAACACAUCGGGCAGAACAAAUUGGCACAGGGUGAACAGAAUAAUAGUUCUACAUCAAGUAAUAUGGGUUCUUGUACUUUUGGGCCACUGGGAAAUGGUUUACAAACUGGACCUGAAUCAAGUGGAUUUCCAUUCACAUAUAACCAUGGCCACAGUUACGCAGGUAGUGGGAGAGGCAAUGGGCGAGGACCUGUAAAUCCAGCACCAGCUAAUAGCCUUCAGCCUCAUCCCCCUGCUGUCAGUAAUGGAAGGGACCCACGCAGAGCCUUUAAAAGAUGACUAUGCCAAACGUGGUUGUACAGCUUGCUUAAACUCUACACUCUACUUGAACACUUAUUGCACUUUUAUUUAUAGUUAACUGUGAACAGUUUGUCCUUUAUUGUUGGGGGUUUUUUACCUUUUGGUCUAUGGAGCAAACUCAAUGUGAUCUAUUUUUCAUUUUGCUUUAGGGAAGGACAGUGAGUCUUCCCCAUACAUUAAUGGGGUAGGAGGAGAAGGUGGAUCUAAGGAAGUAAGGGUUGAAGAGUCUCAAUUAAAACUCUGUACCCUUUGCUUAAUGCAAGAAGAUUUCAGUUACAUGUAUGUAUUUUUCUGUUGGUCAGCCAUAUAGCCUUAAAAGGUUGAUAUGUCCUGUGUGUGCAUACAGUGACUUCCAUUAGGGUUACUGAGAGUGCUUAGUGGAAAGGGAACAAAGGGGAAGGACAGAGAUGCUCUGGUGAACUAGGUAUCCUUGGAACAAACAGAGCUUGUAAAAGCAGUAAGUGUAGGGACAUGGUGGUGCCAGCACCUGUCUUGUCUUCUGAAUCAGAAUGGGUAACUCGAAAGUUGAAGACAUGGUGAGUCUCUUGAAGCUUAUUCCAAAAAGAUGCACACUACUUAAAUUUUCCAUAAAAACCCUUAUCACUGUCAAGGAAAGUGACACUGAUGUUUUGCUUGGGAUAGAAGCUUGGAUAUUCAUUCUUGCUUUGCACAAAAUGACAGAGAAGGGCCUGAAUUCAGACAGUACUGGGGAAUACACUGUAGCCACUCCAUGUGUAAAAGCUGAAGGUUGCUUUGCAGGAGUCUGAAUUUCCAGGAGAGAACUGUUUUCAAUUGCUGCCUUACCCAUCUCUUCAGUGAGGCUGCCUACUUGCCCUCCAUUCUUCCUUCCUUCUCUCCUUCCCUUUUCCAAAUGAAUUGUGUUAGAUGAAGCUGUCUGUGUGAAAUGCAGAGAUCCUGGCCAAGCACAUAACUGCACUUCUGGUGCUGUUAAGCUGCUAGGCUUCCUUUCCUCUGUUUUAUAUUUGAAAUAAGAAUUACCACUUAAAGAACUUCUUAGCCUGCCUCCCCCCCACACACACUGUUUCCUGGGGGACAAUAGCUGCAGCUUUAUUUCUGAGUUCACAAAUGUCUUGACUCUGCUUAAGAGUCCAGUGCCAUGUUUCUGAUCAGGUUCAAAACCAACUUGGAAGCUGAGGUGUCAUCUGUUUAACUCUUCUUUGAGCUGACCUCUCCAAUAAAAACAAAAUUGCACUAACCAUUUCAAAAACAAAUCUUAACUUUCUUUGUCAAGCCAUAAAGACUUCAUGACAAAAAGGCUCAUUAUGAUUUGUGAGUUGUCUAUGUGGUUGUCCAUGUUAAUUGAAUCUGCUACUAUGUCACUAAUGUUUACAAGUUACUUACAUUUGAUACUUCUGCUUUUGGUACUUUUAUCAUGAUGAUUUGUUGAAAAAUGCUCCUAACUGUCAAAAGCUCCUUGUUUAGUCUGAAAUACUGAACUGUCUUUUAAAUACAAGCAGCAGCAGCAACAAACUUCUGAAGGGAGCUUUAGGAGAGACCUGUGCCCCCAGACACCUGAGGGCCGUUUGCCCCAACUGGUAAAGUGCUAUCCUGUGAGACCUGCUUCUAGGUGGAACUAAUGAAACUUGUUUUGGAUAUGAGAGGGCAGCCAUGCCUCAUGAGGUCACCCAGAGGUGCUGUUGUGGAAGAACAGUGCUGAAUGGUGAAUCAGAAAGCACACAGUGACUGCUGGGGACGUGGUGUAAGGAGGUGAUGUGUAACUCAGGGACUUUAAAUUGCUUGCUUAUUUAAGUCGUGUAGUCUGGAUACAUGGACAACCUCUUAUGCAGUGUUGUAUUAAGACUUGGAUAUGCUUGUGAGAAGGAAGCCAAGAGGACUUCUGAGUGUUGGAAGUACACAUGACAUGUUCCAGAGUUAAAGGAGAUGCAAGUGUGCUGUGAGAGCCUUGCUCUCAGUAGUGGCUGUAAAGGUUGCAAGUGCUGGCAUGGUGGGGACUUCAUACUUGUUGGGGUAUCUCCACCAUGGAUCUCAGAUCCUGGUGGUCUUGACUUCUCUACAGCAUAAAAAAAGGCUGAAAUAGGUGGGAACCCUGUGUUUGUGUGCUGAGGUGCCUGAUGUUUGUAGCUCUAUGCAUUUGAGCUUUUAUCAAGCUAAUAAACAGAAUACUUGUUCACAAAAUGCAAAUAAAAAGUGAGAUUAUUACUGCUGAGUGACUAAGGUGAAAAGCUUGCUGUCAAAUAGAUCAUUGAUUUGCAGUUGGGAGAAAAAUAAAAGAGCAAGAGGCUGAUCUUCAUGUUCUCAAGGUUAGUAGCAUUCCUGCCUCCCUGUUUCUUAAUGUGAAGCUAUUCCAGUUUAU